GCGGAGCAGGGGCAGGGUGCGCGCGCGUGAGAACGUCCGGGGAGCGCGCGCGCCGCCGCCGACGCCGCCGGGCUGAGAGAAGAGCUUGCGGGGUUUGCGGUUGAUGGCUCCGACUGAAGGGCUGGAGGCGGCGUAUGCCGCUGUUCUUGCUGUCGCUCCCGACACCUCCGUCAGCUUCUGGUCAUGAGAGGAGACAGAGCCCUGAAGCAAAGACAUCUGGGUCAGAGAAAAAGUAUUUAAGGGCCAUGCAAGCCAAUCGUAGCCAAUUGCACAGUCCUCCAGGAACUGGAAGCAGUGAGGAUGCCUCAGCCCCUCAGUGUGUCCACACGAGAUUGACAGGAGAAGGGUCUUGUCUUCAUUCUGGAGAUGUUCAUAUCCAGAUAAACUCCAUACCUAAAGAAUGUGCAGAAAAUACAAGCUCCAGAAAUACAAGGUCAGGUGUCCAUAGCUGUGCCCAUGGAUGCGUACACAGUCGCUUACGGGGUCACUCCCACAGUGAAGCAAGGCUGCCUGAUGAUACUGCCGCAGAAUCUGGAGAUCAUGGUAGUAGCUCCUUCUCAGAAUUCCGCUGUCUCUUCAAGUGGUUGCAAAAAAGUCUUCCAUAUAUUUUGAUUCUGAGUGUCAAACUUGUUAUGCAGCAUAUAACAGGAAUUUCUCUUGGAAUUGGGCUGCUAACAACUUUUAUGUAUGCAAACAAAAGCAUUGUAAAUCAGGUUUUUCUAAGAGAAAGGUCCUCAAAGAUUCAGUGUGCUUGGUUACUGGUAUUCUUAGCAGGAUCUUCUGUUCUUUUAUAUUACACCUUUCAUUCUCAGUCACUUUAUUACAGCUUAAUUUUUUUAAAUCCUACUUUGGACCAUUUGAGCUUCUGGGAAGUACUUUGGAUUGUUGGAAUUACAGACUUCAUUCUGAAAUUCUUUUUCAUGGGCUUAAAAUGCCUUAUUUUAUUGGUGCCUUCUUUCAUCAUGCCUUUUAAAUCUAAGGGUUACUGGUAUAUGCUUUUAGAAGAAUUAUGUCAAUACUACCGAACUUUUGUUCCCAUACCAGUUUGGUUUCGCUAUCUUAUAAGCUAUGGGGAGUUUGCUAACGUAACUAGAUGGAGUCUUGGGAUAUUGCUGGCUUUACUCUACCUCAUACUAAAACUUUUGGAAUUUUUUGGGCAUCUGAGAACUUUCAGACAGGUUUUACGAAUAUUUUUUACACAACCAAGUUAUGGAGUGGCUGCCAGCAAGAGACAGUGUUCAGAUGUGGAUGAUAUUUGUUCAAUAUGUCAAGCUGAAUUUCAGAAGCCAGUUCUUCUCAUCUGUCAGCAUAUAUUUUGUGAAGAGUGCAUUACCUUAUGGUUUAACAGAGAGAAAACAUGUCCACUCUGCAGAACUGUGAUUUCAGACCAUAUAAACAAAUGGAAAGAUGGAGCCACUUCAUUACACCUUCAAAUAUAUUAAGUUGUAUAAACUAUUAAGGCCACAAAAUACGAAUGUCAUUUGGUCAUAAUAACUACUGAUAAGGCAUCAGAAUGGAUUUUCAGGGCUGCAAGAAAAAUGUUUCCAGAUGGUUUUAGAAUGUAAGACUUACGGUCCAAUUCACCAAAAGAUUAAAUGAAAGAACCCUAUUUUAAAAUAUAUAUAAUGUUCAACCUAAUGUAUAUGCAACAUUUAUUCUAUUCUAAUUAUUUGACAGGUAACUGCAGUGUUAAAUUGUAAAUGUGUUUUCUUAAUGUCACCAAAACAGCAAUUUGAAAUUAGAACUAGUGGAUUUAGAGAACUCAGGUAUUCUUUCCUGACAUUGUUUUCAGAAUAAAGAAUAUUUUUCAUAAUAUUUUAAGAUACAUACUAUCUAAAAGUAGAAUUUUGUUCAGCAUUGACUUUUAUAAUUCCCAUCCUAAAAAUUAAUAUUUUCAUAAAAUUUGUAUUUUUAAAUGAAAAUUCUAAAUGUUAUAUUUUAUCAGUAACAGAUUUUCUAAGUGAAGAUUAAUUUACUGAGGAUGAUACAUUUUAGUAUUGUAUUAUUCUCUGUAGUAAGACUAGUAAUCAGUGAAAAUAAAUGGAUUCAUUUUGUCUGUGGACGUCAUAAAUUCUUCCUGCCAUCAGCUUUAAUGUUCAUGAUCAUGCUUUUUGUAUAGUACCAUGGAGUAUCUUGAAGUAACUAUUAAAAUAAUUCAUGUGGAUUA